AUGUAUUCAAUACUUACUGUACAUUGCUAAAAGUAUUGGCCCCGCCCUCCCAAUCAUGUGAUUCAGGUGUUCCAAUCCCCUCCAUGGACACAGGUGUAUACAAUCAAGCCCCUAGGCAUGCAGACGGCUUCUACAAACAUUGGUGAAAGAAUGGGUCGCUCUCAGGAGCUCAGUGACUCCAAGCGUGGUCCCGUGAUAGGUGGCCACCUGGGCAAUAAGUCCAUCCGUGACAUUUUCCUGGCUACUAAAUAUUCCACGUUCAACUGUUAGUGGGAUUAUAACAAAGUGGAAGCAACUGGGAACAACAGCCACUCAGCCACCAAGUGGUAGGCCACGUCACAUGACAGGGCGGGGUCAGCGCAUGCUGAAGCGCACAGUGCGCAGAAGUCGCCAACUGUCUACAGAGUCAAUAGCUAAAGACCUCCAAACUUGGUGUGGCCUUCAGAUGAGCCCAACAACAGUGCGUAGAGAGCUUCAUGGAAUGGGUUUCCAUGGCCGAGCAGCUGCAUCCAAGCCUUACAUCACCAAGUGCAAUGCAAAGCGUCGGAUGCCGUGGUGUAAAGCACGCCGCCACUGGACUCUA